AUGGAUGAACUACGCUUUCGCUCCCAGCAGUCCCCGCGGGGCAACGACCAGUCCAUGCAUUCGUUUGUCUCACCUACUCGAAAUGCCUCCAGAAUGCCUGCUCCCCAGGUCAACCCUCAUGCCGGCGCCCACGACCAUCGAUCUGGCCUACCUCGUCGCUUUACCACCGAUUCUGGUCGAGUCCCGACACUUUCCUCUCUGGGUGCUCAACGGGUGCCCGAAACUUCCCAGGACUAUAAUACUCAGAUCGAGAAGAAGAAGAUGGAGUAUGAACGAAUCCGUGAGCAAAGGCGGAGGUUUGAGCUCGAGAUGCAAAAGCUGGAUCAACAACAAAGACGAGAGGCUUUGGAACUUGCUCAGAUGGAGGAGGAAGUUGGUAGAAUGGGCGGCCACCAGUCCGAGCCCACCACACCCCCCGAAUACCGAGAUAACUCUGGAUUCCCUACGUUUUUAUCGCGGCCGAGCCGAUACUCUAUGUCUAGCUUGACCUCCCCCCCAGGUCUAUUCAACCGCCCUGUUAGAUCCGGCUCGCAACUCGCUUCUCCUCAAUCCGGUAUCAGACAGGCACGCUUUGGAUUUGAGGAUACUACGACCCAAAUGCCUUCGCGUUCUGUGCCAACUACUCGAAGAAAUAGUGAUGAUGAAAAGGAGGAGGCUGUUCGACAAGAUCCCAGCAGUCAUCGCUCUGGUAAUGCGUAA